AUGUACGACCAAUGUGUCCCUCGUCCGACAAGCACCUGUUUUCAUUUCUUCAUCCAGUCGUUGGUCGUACACACGACGAACAGUCCAAAUGGCUACAGGCCUCGAUCAAGUCUUGUGAACCACGUCACAAACGCGAGAGACCAACCGAGUGACGUCGCGUUCGUCCUGGCCAAUCAAUUCGCUCUAAAGUCCCCAUUGCGCUCCUCAAGUCCAUCCUCGGAGCUCCUCCUCACUCGUGAUGGUCCGGAAGAGCAGCAGCACUCGCCCCGUCGCUCCAUCAGUGCGUUAGUGCGAGCCGAAGAUGCGGCAGAGGAAGAGAUCCUCGAGACGCCAGCGCUCAGCUCCAUUGCGGUCGCUGAUCGUGGGUACAAGAGUGAGAGCGACGACGAUGUUAAUGACAGCGACACCGUUGAAGCAGAAGGUGCAAUCGAGCGUCGGCUCGUGGCUGAGGCUCAGGCGGAAGCAGCGACUGAUUUGAGCACUUUGAAGUCAGAGAACAAGCGUGUGUACAAUAUUGAGGCGCUGCUGGCGCUGGUGCAGGAGUGGGACGUCAAGCCGCUGCCGUGGAUCGAGACCCUGGAGACGUGUACCGCUCCUUUAGAGCUCGAGAACGUGCACGACGAUUCGAAGCGGGAAGUGGCGUUUUACACCAACUCAAUCGCUAUGGUGCGUGUGGCGAAAGACCGACUGAAGCAGGACGGUGUGGCGUACAAGCGGCCGGACGAUUAUUUCGCCGAGAUGCUCAAGCGCGACGCGCACAUGGACAAAGUCAAGGACAAGCUUAUUCAUGAGCAGAAGAAGAUCACGGCAGUCGAAGAGCGCAAGAAGUCACAGGCGCAUCGGAAGGUGGCGAAAGAAGUGCAGGCAGAGAAGGUCAAGGAACGGAACAUGCAGAAGAAGGAGACACUGUUGAAGCUCGGUCUCAAGGAUGGUGACGAUGGCGAGCUUGACUCGACCAUCGUGAGUGGCAAGCGGAAGCACACGGGUGGAGACCGUGACAAGGGGAGCAAAAAGCCACGGACGAACAAGACCCGAGAGGCCAAAGAUGCAAUGUUUGGCUUUGGGGGCAAACGUCGCCAUGCCAAAAGUAACACGAAGGAAAGUACGAACGAUAUCUCGGGCUUCUCGGGUGCACGAAAAGGCAUCAGGACCAAGGGCCAAUCUACACCGAAAGGAGGCAAACGUGCUAGCAAGACUCAGCGCACAAUGGGCCAACGGUAG